CACCACAACCCAAAUAUCAUGUCAUUUAUGAGAAUGGCUCCAUGCUGGAUGCUUGUUUUAUCUCUCAACAUAAUAUUUCCAGUCCAUGGUGUGAAUUUUAACCGACCAUCAUUUGUCUCAGUGAAAUCUGGAGAACGUGUGACUUUGAACUGCACAUUUCAAGAUGACAGCAAAAAAGAGCUCAUGAUUUGGUACAGGCAACAAUUUGGAGCGUUGCCUCAAGAAGUGCCAAAUACUAGACCACAUAUGGACACCCAAACUUCACCUGAGCUCAAAUUAGGACACGAAAUAAUGGAGAUCAUGAAUGGCAUUUCGUUAACAAUUCUUCAAACAAAAAAAGGUGAUGAAGGACUGUAUUUCUGUGGACUAUAUACCUGGGGCAAAUUUGAGUUUUCCAAUGGAACCUUUUUAGCUGUGACAGGUGAUGAAGGUGUAAAAGUCUCAGUAUCACAGAGCAGUGUGUUGGACUCGGUUCCUGCAGGAGCGUCAGUGACUCUGCAGUGCUCGGUUCUCUCUAAGAGCAGAGCAGCAGAACUCCAAGUGCUCUGGUUCAGAGCUGCUCCACCACAAUCCCAUCCUCAAAUCGUUUACACUCAUCACAACAGCAGCCAUCAGUGUGAGAGUGGCUCUUCUACACACACCUGUGUGUACAACUUCUCCAAGAACAUCCUCAGCCUCAAUGAUACUGGGACUUACUACUGCGCUGUGGCCGCGUGUGGGAAGAUCAUUUUUGGGAACGGGACACGGGUACAACUGGAUGUGGAUACGUUUACUCACCAAGUUUUCAGUAAGAGUGUAAACGUAAUUUGUAUCGGUUAG